AUGAGCCCGCGUCGCAUCCGGGAGCACGAAUGCGGCCCGCGCUUCGCGCUCUGGUCUGCAGAGUUGCCCUUCUCCACGGAGGCCGCGCGGGAGCCCCUCAUGUUGUCGCACCUCGCGCGGCACCGCACGCAGGCUGGCGAGGUGGCCGUCCUGAUCUCCGCCUCGGCGGCGCUCUGCGCAGAGCCGCGGCUCGGGCUGGAGGGCCUCGCGUCCGAGAAGGGCGAGGUGAGCCUGAUGGUCGCCCUCGCGGGCUGCGAGCGCGCGGGGGCGCCGGCGGACCCAGCCGCGCUCGCCGCGUCGCGGAAGGAGGUCGGCGGCAGGCACUUCGGGGCGCAGAGGUUCGGCCUCGCGCUCGGGAGGUACCAGGCCGCAGCGGCGCUCGCCGCGGCCAGCAGCGGGGAGGCGUCAGCCGAGCUGGCGCGAGUCUGCCGCCUGAACGAGGCCGCCUGCCUGCUGAAGCUGGAGGCCUUCUGCGGCGCCGCUGCCGCCUGCACCGCCGUGCUGCGCGAGGACCCCAGCUGCGUGAAGGCCCUGUUCCGGCGCGCGACCGCGCGCUUGGCGCUCGGCGAGCCAAGGGCGGCCGCCGAGGACGCCGCGAGUCUGGCGGAGCUGGACGCGGGCAGCUUGGAGGCGCAGCGCCUCUUGGCGAGGGCCACGCAGGCGGCCAGCGCCGACGAGCGAAGGUCCGCGGAGGUCGCCAGGGGCAUGGCCAGAGCGCUGGACGGUUCGGCGGCGGAGGCCGAGGCGCGGCGGCAGCACGAGGAGCGGCACCGGAAGGGGCCCGGGCAGGUCCUCAGCGUGGCGGAGCAGGAGGAGGCGUGGGAGAAGGCGGUGCGGGCUGCCGAGGCCGCUCGCGCCACCGGCGCCGCGCUGCUGGGCCAGCGGCCCGGCGGCGGCGCGGCGGGGCCGGCGGCGCCCGCCUCGCGGCUCCCCGCGGGCCCCGCGGGCGUGGCGGCCGUGGCCGCGUGCGCCGUGGCCCUCGCGGCCUGGCCCAGGCGCGGCAGCCAGGGCAGGAGCCGCGUGGUGCUCGCAGCGCGCGGCGGCGGCGCGGAGGCCCCUCUGGUGGUCAUCGCUGGCCCCCCGGCCGCGGGAAAGGGCACGCAGUGCGAGAAGAUCAAGGCGAAGUACGGCUACGUGCACAUCUCCACCGGCGACAUCCUGCGUGAGAACGUGAAGAACGGCACCGAGCUCGGCAAGAAGGCCGAGGGCUUCAUGAAGGCGGGGGCCCUGGUCCCGAGCGAGCUCAUCGUCGACCUCGUGAAGGACCGCCUGGGGCAGGACGACGUCAAGGAGAAGGGCUGCCUCCUCGACGGCUUCCCGCGCGCCCCCGACCAGGCCCAGGCCAUGGUGGACGCGGGCCUGAAGGUCGAGAAGUUCCUGCUCAUCGACGUGCCCGACGAGGAGCUGGUGGUGCGCGGCUGCGGCAGGCGCCUGGACCCGGAGACUGGCGAGAUCUACCAUCUGAAGUUCAAGCCGCCCCCGGCGGAGGUCGUGGACCGCCUGGUCCACCGCAGCGAUGAUCAGGAGGAGGCCAUCCGUAACAGGCUGAAGAUCUACCGCGACCAGGUCAACGGGAUCGUGCCCUUCUUCAAGGACGUCGUGAGCGAGAUCGACGGGACGGGCAAGCCAGACGACGUGUUCGGCCUGGUCGGGGCCUCUCUGGAUGCCCUGAAGGUCUCGCCCCUCGUCUCCGUGUCCAACCGCCUAGCCGCCUACCAGCUCGGGGGUGGGAUCGGCGGGGCGAGUUUUGGCGCCGCGCUCUCCAGCUACAUUGGCUUAGUCGAUUUUGACGGCCUCCUGCGCUGGGUCAGGCGGUUCGCGCAACUCGGUCUUCAGCGGCUGGAUCGCCCCGCGGCAACGUUGCUCCUCCGCCCUCUCUCGCAGACAGCGCAAACGCGGGCGGAGUCCGCCGCGUUCUGGACGUUCACUGAUGCCGUGGCGUUGCGCGCCGCGGGCUCCGAGAAGGACGCGGAGUUGGUGCCCGACUUCGCGAAGCCCGCUUUCCUGCGCGGGCGCGCCUCGAAGCUGUCGACCAGGGAGUUGAUGCAUUUGGUUUCACGUGCCCGGGAGACGCGCCAGCUGGACCCUGGACACAGGCCGCGCGCGGCCAUCAAGCGCCGGGGUGAACUGCUGACGCCCGUCCGCCUAGUGACCCGAGCAAGCCGGGCCGAGGCGACAUCUGCUGCGCGGCUCUCAACCCGACUUGCCAUCCGCCUGGUUCCCGCGAAGGCGUGUUUGCAGAAUCUCGGCGGACUUCAGAAGGGGAUUGUUCCGCCCUUCGUUGGCCCUUCGAAGCUUCCCGCCAGCCUCCACGAGAUCCGGACUCGGACCUCGGCGGUGCAGCGGGCGCGUGGCGGUGGGGCGUGCGCGGAGGCGGCGGCGCCCGCCGACGGGUCUCCGCAGCGCCGCCUGGAGGCACAUGUGCAGCCGUCGAAGCGGCAGGAAGGCUCCGAGCCCGGUAACUCCAUGGAGCAUUUCAUGCCCGACACCUCCCUGAGAAGAGCCGCUGCCAGGCAAGCGUACCGCUCCCGGCACGAUUGCGUGGCACGGAGUGGAGCGGGUCGCGAGCGAAGCCCCUGGCAGUCCCUGUGCAAGCUCACGGGGCCCGCCUCCCACGGCGGGAUGUCCCUGGCCCAGGGCCACGCCUCCGCCCCCAGCGGAGGCAGCCGGCGCCUCUGCAAGGAGCUCGAGACGCUCCGCUCGCGCUCCGGCGAGGAGGGCAUCGUACUCGACACCGCAGAGGACUUCGGCCAGUGGACAGUGUGCCUUUUGGGAGCCGCCGGGACCCUCUACGAGGGGGAGCGGUUCACGCUGCGGUUUACUUUCUCCUGCCGGUACCCCUACGAGAGCCCAGAGGUGGUCUUCGUGGGGGUGCCGCCGGCGCACCCGCACGUGUACUCGAACGGGCACAUUUGCCUGAACAUUCUUUACGACAGGUGGAGCCCCGCGUUAUCGGUGCAUGCCGUGUGCAUGAGCAUCCUCUCCAUGCUGAGCAGUUGCACGGAGAAGGUGAGGCCCGAGGACGACGCGAGGUACGUCGCCGAAGUGGGGCACCGCUCCCCCAAACUGUCUCGGUGGAUGUACCACGACGAUACGGUGUGA